UAUGAAUCAACCACUAGGAGAGUGUAUCUGGAAAAGUGUUAUUUUCAUUAUCAAUAUCAAUAUUAUCACUUGUAUAAGAAAAUGAAGGCAAUUGAAAUAUACUCCUCUAGUGCCUUAGCUUCGGUAUCUCGAUCGUGUAUUUUGAAAAACAAGAAGGUAGCUUCUCCGAGCCUGAGUUUUUGUAGAACGAAAAUCAGAGCAGUUGGUACUGUUCCAGAAAAGGCUAGUGUUGGAGCAGCACAGGUAGAUGAAGAAGAGGCUUCUGUGAAAUUUGCAUUUGUCAGCUCAGUAUUACUACCAGAUGGGACACCAGACGUGCAGCUCCGCAAAGCUUGUGGCGGUCAAAAACUUAGAGACAUAAUGCUGGAUGCUAAUGUUGAGUUGUAUGGACCUUAUGCGAGGCCUUUGCUUAAUUGUGGGGGAGGAGGAACUUGUGGGACAUGUUUGGUUGAGGUUGUUGAAGGAAAGGAGCUACUGAAUCCUCGUACUGACAAGGAGAACAAUCACGAUGAAUUAAAACGGCAUCCAAAGAAUUGGAGGCUAGCUUGCCAGGCAAUAGUUGGUAAAUCCGAUUCUAGAGGCAUGAUGGUCAUUCAGCAACUUCCUGAAUGGAAAGCACACGAAUGGAAUUACAGAGGAUUACCGCCUAUUCAAGAAGAAGAAGAAAAAGAAUAAGCAUCAAUAGAUCCUCAUCUUUAUCCUGAUAUGACGUUUGUCUUGCUUUACAGCAUUAAUUAUGUGCCUAUUUAAUAGUGGAAGAAUGUUGACAAUCUGCUCUUAAUUGCUUUUGGGUCCAUUCAGCUUCUUUCUUAUAAAUAUAAUAUAAUGUUACCAGCCCUUCUUUUUCUUAAUAUUAAUAAAAGAACCCUUUCCCCUCUCUGUGUUUA